AGUCAGUGCGCGGCGAGGCGCGCCAGCUGCCGCACGUCAUGAUUCUACCCCAGAGCAACUUGACAGAGGGUGAAGAGGAUUUGCCCGAGGACACUCUCUCAUUGCUGUCUGUACUGUUCGUCGGGUUUCUCCUCUUUGUCCUGAUAUUCUUCUCAGUUGCUGGUAACGUAUUGGUUUGUGUGGCGAUAUACACUGAUCGUGGAUUGAGAAGAAUUGGAAAUUUAUUUCUCGCAUCGUUGGCCAUUGCUGAUUUAUUCGUCGGCUGUCUGGUUAUGACAUUUGCCGGUGUCAACGAUCUACUCGGCUACUGGAUGUUUGGUCCACGUUUCUGUGACACAUGGAUUGCAUUUGAUGUCAUGUGCAGCACUGCCUCAAUCCUCAAUCUAUGCGCGAUAUCACUGGAUCGUUACAUACACAUCAAAGAUCCACUCAGAUACGGUCGUUGGGUUACCAGGAGAAUUGCUGUUGCUAGUAUUGCAACGGUGUGGCUUCUUGCUGCUACCGUUUCAUUCGUACCAAUCAGCCUGGGACUGCACAGGAGUCAGGAAUCCAAAAAUCCACCGCCAACCUACAACGAUGGUACACAGGAAUAUCCAACCUGUGCUCUGGAUCUAUCGCCAACGUAUGCCGUUGUAUCUUCAUGCAUAUCAUUCUAUGUACCCUGUAUCGUGAUGAUAAGUAUCUACUGCAGACUGUACUGUUACGCUCAGAAACACGUUAAAAGUAUAAGAGCAGUGACAAAACUACCACAACCAUCAUCCAUUGGUAAAAGUUUUCGCGCUAAGAGUACGCGCAAAUUACAACAGGCUAAACCUAAACCACCGGCUAAGGCCAAGCCAACUAGUCCAUAUCACGUGUCUGAUCAUAAAGCAGCCAUAACUGUGGGUGUUAUAAUGGGUGUAUUUCUCAUAUGCUGGGUGCCAUUUUUCUGCGUCAACAUUGUCGCUGCAUUCUGCAAAACUUGCAUACCAGAUCGAGCAUUCCAGGUGCUCACCUGGCUUGGCUACAGUAACUCGGCCUUUAAUCCAAUAAUCUACAGUAUUUUCAACACCGAAUUUCGUCAGGCAUUCAAGCGAAUCUUGACAAAGGGCACAAGAGCGAGGGGUAAUCAACCAUCCACCAGUGAAUGCGGUGAAUUUCGUUCUGUUAUCGUGCAAAAACGCAAUGGUUCAAUAGUCGAGUGCAACAUCAGUCCAAGAUCGAGUGCUGACAGUUGUCAAGUUGGACUUGGACGACAGCAUCGUGACACUAUUGUAAGUUCAAUAUGAAUUACAACAACUGGAUAAUAAAGACCAUCACUAUACGAUAGGUGUAAACAACAGACAGAGGAAUUUAUCAUAAUUGGCCAGUUUGGACCAUGUCAACGACAAUCAGCUUAAUGAAGGAAGAUUAAAUACCAAAGUUAAAUCAAUGAGGCAUAUCCAUGAUUGCGGACAAACUGUGUGAUAGAUAUAACAAUUACUUGGAUGGCACAUUAUAUCAUGAACUUUCCAAUGAAAUUUCGACAAAUUCGAGGAUUAUACUUGCACGAAUAAUGUAAAUCAUCAAUCUAGAUAAUUAGAGUGAAUCGAGAACAUUUACUGAAUUAAUCAUACAGAUUAUCCACUCGACGCACACGGGUUUCACUCGAUAUAUCAUUUUUAUCAUCUUGUAAAUGAUCAUUUAUUUAUUUUUCUAUUAAAAUUAUUGACGAGAAAAUGUGAGGGGUAAAAAAAAGCUGUUCACUGAUUAUGAUCAACAUCAUGAUCGAUCUAUAUAGAAUAGCAGUGAAAUCACUUGACACGAUGUGGUUCAACGCCUCUCGGGAGAGAGCAAUAUCAUCAUUAAAUAAAACAAAACCAAAUAUACAUAUUAGUAUCGUUACGAUAAUCGAUAUUAUCUGAAUCGUGUAAUUAUUAUAAAACUCAGAGCUCCAUUAAUCUUGUUUUAUUUAUCAUGUAAAUAUUCAUUGUGUACUCUAGUCAAAUAAGUCAAUAAUGUAUAAACAUUGAAAAAGAA